UACAACGUUGUUGUACCAGAGACAAUUCUUAUACUCGCCAAUCAUAAAAGUAAGUUGUAAAGUCUUUAUUCUGUACUGUAUUGGCAGUUUAAGCCCGAAGAGCUUAAAGUAAAAGUUGAGAAUGAUAUGGUUGUCAUUGAUGGGAAGCAUGAAGAACGAUCGGACGAGCACGGUUUUAUCUCGAGGCAGUUCACGAGGAAAUACAGGAUUCCUAAAGACGUUGAUGUCAACGCUCUCAAAUCGAAUCUUUCCUCCGAUGGUGUCCUUUCACUCCAUGCACCCAAGCUGAUCUCCAAGGAGAAUCCUUCUCGUGAAAUUCCUAUCACUCAUACAAAUGCUCCAGCUUUGAAGCAGAAAAAGGACAAAAAUGAGAAAAUGGAAGAGUAAUUUUAAAAGAAAAAAUAAU